AUGGUCUGCAAGAAUGAAACGACUGGACUCUUCUGCCAUCACUGCCUUCAAACUUGUCCCGUCAAAUUUCCCCCUCCAUCCUGUGACACAGAUCAGAAGAAUUCCGCAACCAUACAUGAGGAGUCAAGACAACCCUGCAAAGGACUCAUCAAUGCAAACCGAUUUGACGACUUCGGCCUUAGGGACACUGCUAAGUGCUUCUCAGAGUGUGCACAGUCAGGGAAUGAAUCCUGCAAUCUGGGAAACUUGCAGAGAUACUGGCUGAACUAUGAGAUCCACCUGGCAGAGAAGAGUCUGACAGAGACAGUGAAUAUGGGUUUUUUGACGGCUCUUGUCAAGAACAUCAGCACCAGCAUCUCAGAAGACCUGCACUUCUCUCUGACCCCCUCUCAGGUUCCGAAGCAGGUGACAGAGGACGAGCACCGGCACCCUGACAGAGUCCGGCUGCCCAGGAGCCUUUUUGAAUCCUUGCAGGGCAGCAGGCCAAUGGUUCGGUUGGCCAUAACCAUCCUGGACGUUGGUUCAGGGAAUGUCUUCAAGGGCCCCCGGCUCAGCCUAGAGGAUGGCAGCGGCGUGUUGAACAAUCACGUGGUGGGCUUGAGUUUGGGUCAUAUAAAUGUCACCGGCCUGGCUGAGCCUUUGGAGAUCACCUUCUCCCACCAGCACCAGCCUCCUAACGUGACCCUCAGCUGUGUAUUCUGGGACGUGACCAAAGGCUCAUCAGGAGACUGGUCUUCCAAGGGCUGCUCCACGGAGUUCGGAGUCAAUAGGACUAUCUGCCGCUGUGACCACCUGACCUUCUUCGCCCUGCUGCUGAGGCCGAUCUUGGACCAAGUCACCGUAAAGGCCCUCACACGCAUUUCCCAGGCUGGCUGCGGAACCUCCAUGAUCUUCCUGGCCUUCACCAUUGUCCUCUACACUGUCCUGAGGUUUUCCCGGCAGAGGUUCAAGUUUGAAGACGCCCCCAAGAUCCACGUGGCCUUGAGCGUCAGCUUAUUUCUCCUGAAUCUGGCCUUCUUCAUCAAUGUGGGGCAUGGCCUGAAGGGGUCCGAUGCUGCCUGUUGGGCCCGGGGCGCCGUCUUCCACUACUUCCUGCUCUGUGCCUUCACCUGGAUGGGCCUGGAAGCCUUCCACCUCUACCUGCUCGUCAUCAAGGUCUUUAACACCUACUUCGGGCACUACUUCCUGAAGCUGAGCCUCGUGGGCUGGGGCCUGCCUGCCCUGAUAGUCAUCGGCACAGGGAGCGCCAACAGCUAUGGCCCCUAUGCCAUCCGUGACAAGAAGAACGCCACCACGCUGGGGCUGUGCUGGUUCUGUGAGAAAACUGCCACCUCUGCCCUCUACGUCACUGUCCACGGCUAUUUCCUCAUCACCUUCCUCUUCAGCGCCGUGGUCCUGGGCCUGGUGGCCUUGAAGAUCUUCACUCUGUCGAGUGCCACAGCGGGCAAGGAGAAGGGGCAGCACUGGAAGGGGGUCCUCACCCUGCUGGGCCUCUCGAGCCUGGUGGGCGUGACCUGGGGGCUGGCCAUCCUCACACCCCUAGGCCUGUCCACCACCUAUGUCUUUGCACUGUUCACCUCUCUGCAAGGUGUCUUCAUCUUCUGCUGGUUUGUUGUUCUCUACCUCCCAAGCCAGAGCACCAUGACCUCGUCUUCCGGCACUGCCCGGGCUGACCAGGCCCUCACCGUGUCUCAUGAAUAGCGGGCUGCCGUGUGGCCAGGCCGGGGCUGGCCUGCACUCUGGACUCAGCUCUGAUUUGCUGUGUGACCUUGGUGGGAGGGAAGAGGUGCUCCCUGCUUCCUUCUGGGCCUCAGCGCCCUUCUCUGUACAAUGGGACUGGGGAGCAAGGGGAUGGGAACCAGGUUGGACCAUGUGGCCUCAAAGGUCUUAUCCAGAUACACCUAUGGGUCUGAGAGUUCACAGAUCCAGGAUGGCAGGAGUCUCAAGUCCCUGUAAUCCUGAGACCCCUGCCGGCACGCCCACCGCCUGCCUUCAGAGCAAAGCGGCCUUCUCGUCUCAGGAAGGGCCUGAGCCCAAAUAAGGAAGUCUGUCGUUGGCCGGCCUCUUGAAGGAGCCCCCAGCUGCUCCCCUCCCUUCCUUCCCCUUGUCACCGCCCUCCCACAA